CAAACAUGCAAUGACAAAGAGAGCCAAAUGACCUUAAACAUUUUCAGCAACCGGACGAAUCACGGGCCCUUUCGAAUUCCAACUAACUACCAACUUACAGCGGUACAUUAGCGACCUGCUGUAUUCGUGCCGUUCCACCACAUGGUUUUUAUGAGGCCGAUGCUACGCUGCCUGUUAGUUACGUCGAUUACCCCAACUUUUCCAAGGAGCGGAGUAGCUCGACAGGGUAAACAGGGCUAGCAAAGCCGUAGCUGGGGAUCGUCCGGGGCUUACAUGGUUCAAAUGUAGGUGAGAUUAAUAAAUUUCCCUAGCCCUACUCCCUGUCAGAAGACAACGUGAUGAAUUUGCGUACGUGCUUCCAUUGUCCAACCAAAUCAUGUUUUGCCCGACGGGGGUUUGGGCGUUUGCUUCUUUGAUGGCUGAAUUCAUAUAAGUCGCGAAUCCUUCCCCGGAAAGAUUUUCGAUUCUAGCUUGCCUCUCUUCUCCCUCCGUCUACCGUCAAUUCCGACGAGCACAAAGCACUAGUGUCAACAAACAAAGCGUGUCUCACUCCCGAGUCAACAUGCGUCUGCACACUGGUCUCGCGUCCUUGGGGCUUUUGCUCCCACUUGCUUCAGCUCAGUCUGGGAGCAAUUCGUCUACCAACUCUACCGGUGCCGGGCCUGAUGAGAACGGCUUGUAUUGGAUCUAUGGCGAGGGUAUCACAGCUGCAUUUAUCACAUACGGAGCCUCGGUCUCAAGGCUCUUGAUUCACGACAAGUAUGGCGUUGAAAGAGAUUUAGUAGCUGGGUUCGACAAUGCUACAGCUUAUACGCUUGAUCCUGUCCAUCCUCAUCUCGGCGGUGUACCGGGUCGAUAUGCAAACCGUAUCCAGAAUAGCACCUUUGAGAUUGAUGGUCAGACCUACCAUGUCACUCCCAAUGAGAACCCCACUGCACAGGCUCCCGAAGGCGCCGACACAUUACAUGGCGGCCCCGACGGUUGGGACUACCGGAAUUUCACUGUCGUUUCUCAUACAAACGACAGUAUAACAUUUUCCAUCGUCGAUCCUGAUGGCAAAGAGGGGUUUCCCGGAGAGGUUGUUUCUUAUAUUACUUACACCCUCCGCAACAUGACGUGGGAUUUGAAGAUGGUAGCCCUCGCAACUACGAAGAAAACGCCUAUCAUGCUUAGCAGCCACGUGUACUGGAACUUGGACGGCUACGCCAACAACGAGACCAACACCGCUCUGAACCACACCUUCUACCUGCCUCACAGUGGCCAGCGAGUCGGUGUAGACAACAUCCUAAUCCCCACGGGCGAUAUUGUAGCCAACAAGCAGGGAUCCGUCAAUGACUUCUGGAGCGCGCCGAAGCAAAUCGGAGCUGACCUCCAGAAGCCUGAAGCAGACGGAAAUUGCGGUUUCAACUGUACCGGUUAUGAUACUUGCUGGCUCAUCAACCGAAGCCAAGACGGCCCCUACGACUGGCACGCGGAAGGCGACUUCGUCGCGCGUCUGCACUCGGAGUGGUCGGGCAUCCAAGUGGAAGUGUACACCGACCAGGAAGCCUUCCAGAUGUACUCGUGCAACAGCCAAAACGCGACCAUGCCCCUCAAGACAACGCAGGGUCUGCACGACAACCCAGACUUCCCGCGCACGAUCCCCCAAUACGGGUGUCUCGUCAUGGAGGUCGAGGACUGGAUCGAUGCUAUCAACCACCCCGAGUGGCAGCGCGAGAAGAAGCAGAUCUACGGCCCCGGCGGUGACCCGUACGUCCUGCAGGCUAGCUACGUCUUUAGCAUUAACGAUACCACGACGUCUUAGGUAGGCGGACGCGGUGCGGGUGGUAAUGAUAAUGGUUGUAGUCAAAGGAGCGGCGGCGCGGUACAUAGAAGAGGGAACUUAUUUAUGGUCCUUAGUGCUGUAAUACCUUACCUAGUAUUCUUACUGCCGUAGAACUUACAUAAAAAUUAAUUACGGAUUGAUAAUGAAUAGCUUCUGCUACUGG